CUCUGACCGCCUGGAAGCCGUUUGUGCCGCUGGCAAACCGACUGCCUUACCGACUGCCUUCAGUUCUCCAGCCCCGGAUAUCCCGGCUUUACUAGCCUCACACUCUUUUACAAGGAACCUGCGGACACACCAUUUCCUCACCUGGAGACCUCCACAGCUUCCGUACUGCAGCAUGUCGGGCCUGCUUCGCGCGACAUCCACUGGUCGCAAGCGGAGACUGCAGCGACAUGUCCACACGACACCACAGCCGUCCCUGAAACGUAUUCGGAAAUCACUAUCAGUCGACCCCAUUCCCAAUGCAAGAGGCGAACCCACUCAGACCAGCGCAAGCCAAAUUGACCACCUGGCGCCGAGUACACAAACACGCCAGCAUGGGACCCCACGACGACGUGCUGCUCCUGACGGACGCGAUAGCCCCGAUUUCCGUCUUGCCGUUGACUUUGGGACGACACUCUCCUCCAUCACGGUUGCCAAGCGGAGCUGGAAGCAAGACGCUGUCCUUAUGGUGGAGAAUUUCCCCGGUGACAAGCGCCUCGAUCGCGAUGGCGCCCAGGUCCCAACCGAAAGCUGCUACUUGAAGCGCAAGAUCGAGAAGCGGACGACCGCAGGUGGCCCGCUCGAGCCAGAGGACAAUCGCAGACAGGACGCCGGUACAGGCCGCCGCCCAAGGCUCAAGGCUGCCAAGGUUGCAUCCCCCAGAGUGUUUGGAACGCCAUCCCCCCUCGAAUGGCCAGACUCCGCAGACUACCGCUUUAGGCACCAGGUGCAAAGAUUCCUGGAGCUCACCGAGUACGAUGCGCACCACCGCGAUAUCGCAACUAUGUACCGGAUACGCCAGCCAAAGCUACUUCUUGACAAGAGGCCACAAGGAGAAGAGUCCAGGAAAGAGUUGCAGCAGGUUCUACAGCAGCUCAGAGCGAAUGGCUUUAUCCGCGAAGAUGAGGACGUCAUCUGUGACCUUCUAACCAGCUUCCUCCAUCACUGCAAGGACGUCCUCCAGACCGAUCAUGGCUUCAACGAUAGAAGUACUGUGGAGGUCACAUUCACAGUUCCUAUAUGUUGGGGAGUCAACGCAAAUGCGACCAUGGCCAAAUGUCUCACAGCCGCCAUGAGACGGGCGGAGUUCGGCGUUCCGGGGGACUCGUCCCUUCCUAAUCUAUUCAUGGUAAAUGAAGCAGAAGCUGCCGCAAUACAUGCUCUGCACUCGGGAUUCCAUGACCUUAAUCGCGGCGAGACCUUCAUACUCGUCGACUGUGGCGGCGGCACUACCGACCUGGGCAUGUACAGGGUUGCGAGGUCAUAUCCACUUCGCUUGGAAACGGAACUCAGCAAUCCAAGCGGAGCAGCAACCGGAGCCAGCGACCUUAACGAAAGAAUGUGGCAGACCGCAUUCUUCAACCUUUGUGACGAGCACUACCUGUGCGACCCAGAAGAAGGCGUGACCAUCCAGAACAUCAUCGACACGGAGAUUAUGCCGAAUUUUGAGAGCGACUUCAAGAGAGACUUCAAGGAUGGGAAUCGGACCCAAAAGUUCUCGUUUCGGAUCCGUGGCCUGAGGCCUAGCGAGACUAAUCCCAGGUUACAGCAAGGAGCCUUCGUUCUGGACUUUGAGGACAUGUGGCGCAUAUUUGAGCCUUCACUUCUCAUCAUUCAACAGCUCAUAGAGGAUCAAGUUCUGGUCGCCGUACACAAAAAUAUCACAGUCGAUAAGAUUGUGCUUGUCGGAGGCUUUGGUGACUCUCCCGCAUUGAAAGGAUUCCUGCAGCGCAACCUCGAGAGGAUUAAUGCGGCUCAUGGAAAGGACAUCCGACUCAUUACUACCCCUCCGAACACGGGAGCAACUGGUGUCGCCACCGGAGCCAUCAUGCGAGCUCAAGAUAAGAGAUAUGGCCCUGAAAGGAUAUGCCACUGGAGUUACGGCGUGCUCCGACAUGUCGAAUGGGAUCCGGCCUCCGAUCUACAUUACAUGUGCUCGUAGAAGAAAGAGAAGGGCUGGUUCGAUAACAUUCUCGAGAUUAGGAACACUAUCCUUUGGGUUAUAUAAGUAGGCCAAGGACCA